GUUAGCGAUACCCGGUGACAUGGCUCUAGAGCUGGAAGAGAAUUUACACAGCACCGAGGAGGAGGACGAAGAAGAGGAGGAGGAGGAAGGCGAUGAGAUGAGAAGCCGCAGUACAAGAAACAAGGGGGGCGCCGCCUCCAGCUCCGGCAACAAAAAGAAGAAGAAGAAAAAGAACCAGCCGGGCCGCUACAGCCAACUCGUAGUGGACACGAUCCGCAAACUGGGGGAGAGGAACGGCUCGUCCCUGGCCAAGAUCUACAGCGAAGCCAAGAAAGUGUCCUGGUUCGACCAACAGAACGGCCGCACGUACCUGAAGUACAGCAUCAAGGCGCUGGUGCAGAACGAUACCCUCCUGCAGGUCAAGGGCGUCGGGGCCAACGGCUCGUUCCGCCUCAACAAGAAGAAACUCGAGGGGCUGCCCUAUGACAAGAAGCCGCCGCCCGCCAAGCCCUCCAGCAGCAGCAGCAGCAACAAGAAGCAGCAGCAGGGGCCCAGCAGCAGCCCGAGUAAGAGCCACAAGAAGGCCAAGCCAAAGGCCAAGGCUGAGAAGGAGAAGCCAAAGACGAGCAGCGCCAAAGCCAAGAGUCCCAAGAAAUCCGCUGCCAAGGGGAAGAAAAUGAAGAAAGGGGCCAAGCCCAGCGUCCGCAAAGCGCCUAAAUCCAAGAAAGCGUAAGAGCUGCACCCGGGGGACAUAAGGAUUCUCCAGACUGUAUUGUGCCUGGGGGCGACUCUUUUCCCUGCUUAACCUGUCAACUUCCAGCAUUCCCUCUUAUUGUACCUUCUGAGCAAGGGAUGUCCAACCUCUAGCUGAACUACAACUCCCAGCCUCCUGGAAUGCUGAGACUUUUUUUCUCAGAACAACUGCAGGUGGGACAUCCAGGAGGAGCAGUCAGUGUCUUUCCCAACUUUCCAUGAAAGAGAAUUUCCAGCGCCCUCAGUUGUACGUGACUGGUUAAUCAGGGCGAAAAUUAGAACUCCAGGCUCUUGUUGAACUACAACUUCAAGAAUCUCCAGAUUGUCAGAUGCUGAGAGUUCAAAGGAGACAUUUUGUGUAAAAAAUAAUGUACCAGUGCGUUAUACUCCUUUAGAUAUAGAAAAAUUGAAGUAGUGUUGCAGGCUGAUUUAUUGAAUUUUUCAGCAAAAUCCCUAAUAAUCCCUACCUUUUCUUCCACUUCCUGCUCCCUGAAUUCCCAGGCGAUACAUGGGAGCUGGCACUGUAGGACAGGAACCAAUCAGCAGCUAGCAGGACCUGAUAGGGAACUGAAGCCUGUCUAUGCUUGUGUGAUUGCAGGGCUGUGAUUGGCUGUCCCCCUCCUACUGUCCUUCUGGCAGGGACCAUUAGACACGCCCACCUCUCAUUUGAAACAGGGACCAGUGAACAUCUAUAGGGAGCUCUAAUAAAGAGGCUAUUUUUAAAGAUAAUAUACAUUUUUAGCACCAUGUUAAAGCAACACCUUAUAUUACUUAUAAAUGCCUACACAAUUAGGGGUUUUUCAUUUAUUCUAUAUGUCUCCUUUCAAGAACAGCUGGAUAUGUGCAGGUUGGUCCUCCCUAACUGCUCAAUGCAGAGAUCAGAGCAGGAGUCUACUGGGAGUUCUAGUUCACAAUGAUAUGUAGAAGCACUGACCAAUAACUCUUGCUUUAGCACUUGCUUGGGGGUGACUGCUCUCUGGGAAUAGGAAGCCUUUAUUUCUUUUCCUCUGAUUAGUUUUACUUUGUGCAAUUGGGCUCCUGCUUUCUCUUUCCCCCCUCCCCAGCUUGUGCUUAGUUGCAUUGUUUAAACCUUUGGUUAAUGUUCUUAAUUGAAGUUGAUUGCUUUAGCCGUUCAUUUAUCAUUGGAGUUUUUCUACCCCUCCCCGCAGUCCUUAUGAUCUGUGGGGUCAGUGGUAGUUGGGAAUCAGUUGUAAAGUACUGACACAAUGUUACAAUGCGAUACUAUUCUGACACUUCCUUGUGCAAUUUAAAAUGCUCAGCAGCCUCUCAUUGGUUGAAUAGCAGCUGUUGCCAUGGCAAAGGCAUCCUGUAGUGUGUGGGCGUGUACAUACAGAGGGGCUGUGGGAGGGGCCUGCUUAUGUUCAGGUUAUUCGCUUGCCAGGAGCCAUAUUUCCUUUUGUAUAUUUCGUGUUGAUUUCAGUUACUGCAUAGUGGUUACAUUGCCCAGUGAUGUAAUGGUUCUGUGUUUGGGAAGAAUUGAAUUUGAUUUUAUAAUGCUUAAUAAACAAAUCUUGCCUAAA